AAUUUAGUAAAUCUUAGUUAUCUCAACUUAUCAUCAAAUCAUUUUAGUGAUUUAGUAGAAGUUGACAUGUUCUCGGCGCUUCAAAAUCUGGAAACCAUCUUUCUUUCAUACAAUAAUCUGUCCUUGAGAAUGAAUGUCAAUGCCAACUUGACAUUACCCAAACUAACUGAUGUUUCCUUUUCUUCUUGUAACUUGAGUGAAUUCCCCAAUUUCAUAAGACAUUCAAAUGGUCUACAAAGCCUAAUGCUAUCCAAAAAUAGCAUUCAUGGAAAUAUUCCUGAAUGGAUAUGUGACAAGGAUGAUCUCGAAAUUCUUGACCUUUCUCAUAACAAUUUAAGCAGGAAGAUUCCAAAUUGUCUUCCUAAGUCUCUCUCGGUGUUGAAUUUGCAGGCCAAUUACUUUGAUGGAAAUGUACCAUUUGCGUUUCCAAAGGGCUGUGGAUUACGAAAUCUUAACUUACAUGGAAACCAAAUGGACGGCUUAUUACCAAGGUCUUUGGUGAAUUGUCGCAUGUUAGAGGUUCUAGACGUUGGCAACAACAACAUAGAGGACACAUUCCCUCAUUGGUUGGAAUCUCUACCAGACCUUCAAGUGCUUGUCUUAAGGUCCAACAAGUUCCACGGUUUUGUGCAGAGCACCAAAGAAAGUCCAUCUUUUCCCAAGUUACGAGUUUUGGACCUCUCCAGCAAUGAUUUUCUUGGUCCUUUGCCUCUUCGGUACAUGGAAAAUUUUAAAGCGAUGAUGGACCCUCAUGGAGAGGAUGGUUCCCCUGAAUACAUGAAUCCUUACUGGUCAGAUCCCACCGUCACUAGGGAAUUUGACGAAUCUGGAAUGGUUGGAUCUCUCUUCCAACGAGCUGGCGGGGAAAAUUCCUGAUGAAUUGGUUUGUGAGCUGAAUCGUUGGUUAGUGUUCUUUCCCUGUUAUCCACAAGCUGCUGCAUCUUUAUAAUGUUAAGAUACUGCUUUAUUUCAUUAUGUUUUGCACUUUUAAGAUUUCUGACCUAGUUCCCUCUAUUUGUCUCAGAGCCAUUCUAUGGUACAAUUUGCUUAUACAACAGGGAGAGAAGAGAAAAAUUGUCAGAAGAUUUCUAUUUUAGCAUUCUACCAACUGAAAUGCAGGAUACUAAUAAAGUAUCUUCAGAACCUCAUGGACUUUUCUAUUUAGAUGCUCCGUCAGCAUCUGUGUGUCUACUAAUCCAAUUAGAGAAGCCUGCAACAGAAGAAGGGGGAGUGACUCCUUCUGUUUAUUCAUGUAAAGAACCUGUAUGUAUGAAGAACUUAUAUGUUUCCAUUUUGUUUAUCUUCAAUCUGACCUCUGAUUAAAUGUGACAAUUUCUC